AAAAUGAGAAGCCCCUGAAAUAAUUUUGGAAAAAAAUGUUAAACGACACAAAUAUAACAGAAGAAAGGUUCACUCCAUUAUCUCUUCAUGUGGUUGUGUUUAGCAUCGUGUUCAUGGGAAUUGACAUAGUGUUUAGCCUGCUGACAAACGUUUUGCUGAUGAUGACAAUCAUUAACGCUCCGAGUCUGCGCACUCCACCAAACAAUCACCUGUUGAAUAUUGGGGUGAAUAAUAUUCUUUUGUGCUUUUGUAUGAUAUUAUCAUUGGUGAGUGUCGGAACAAGGAGGGAAGAUCUCGUCAAUGUUCAGUCCUUUACUGGGUUUCAAUUAUUUAUUGUUUCAAAUUGCUCUUUACAGUAUUUGUGUGCAUUUGCAUCCAUAUGCAUCUACCGAAAGACAACUAUCAAAAGACCUUCAUUAUGUUUACGCAUGCGGAAAAGAAUGGUAACACGUUCAAUUUUAUGUGGUUGGAUUACUUCAGUGUUACUUUCUAUUGUUUUUUGUUUAUCUUUUAUGCCAAAUGAUGAUCGAGCUUGUGAUACAUUAAAUCCCUUCCAAAGGGAAUUUCGAAGUUGUGAUAGUCGCAAACGCUUUACCUCAGAACAGUUGGUUGUUUUGGUUAUUUACCUCGGAAUAUAUAUCACUGGACUUGUUAUCAUUUUCUCAUCAUAUUAUAAUAUUUGCAAAUCUUUGAAUUUGACUGGGUCUUUUGGGAAAAGUCGAGUAUCGCCAUGGAAUAGAAACUUGAGUUUGUCUUCUGACCCAGGUACAGAGUCAGCUGAACAAACACAGCAGGUGAAUAGUGACAGCGAUUUUGUGAAACCGUAUACUAUAUCCUCUGGUAACUGUGAAGACAUCAUCGUACACUACCAACGUAGCGAACACGCUCUUACAUUUGAAGACAUAUUUGCUCUUGAAAAUCCUAUUCUUGCCUCAAAAUUAAAACAAAACGUAUUCGAAAAAAGACCACUGAAGCCAACUCUCUCGAACACCAGCACACAAUCGACAAAGUCGAAACACUGCACAUUUACGGAUAUAUCUCCAGACGGGAACCUUCAGAGAAUUCAAAACAUCAAAAAUGCAUCAGCUUUACGAAACCAGUCUCUAAGAAGAGACAGAAUAAGUUUAAGCAGCGCGACAAAGAACAGUUUCAUAAUGUUUGUGGCGUACUUAGUCUGCUCACUUCCGCUCCUGGUGCUAGGAAUUCCGGGAAUUCUGGACUUCCUGUCUACAGAUUCCCGCGUACUUACACUUGUCGUGUGUCGUCUGCUUUUUUACAUCAAUGCAUGUUUUUACCCUUUGUGGUAUCUUCUAUUCAGUAAACGUGUUCGACAGUGCCUUUCCAAUUAA